AGUCGUGCGAGGGCCAAAGAGAGUCGCGGAAGCGUGGCGGGCCGGCUGGGAUUGGGGCGGGUUUGAGGGUGACAUCUGAGCGUUUAAAGGGCCGGGGUCAGUUGACGAAUCCAGCCCGCGUCUAGUCCUGGGGGGCCAGGGUCGCUGCUGCCGCGAGGGAGAGAUGACUGCGGAGCGACCCGGCACAGUGACCCUGGGCAGACCCGGGAGACCGCGAAUGCUGGGAUCAUGGGGAGUCUGUAGGGUUCAGGUGUUUGCCGCGAUCUUCCUGCUGCUGUUGUCUUCAGCAGGAGUCGGGGCCAGGGUAAAGGACGACUUCAGUCUGGUUCAUCCGCUUGUGACCAUGGAGCAGCUGCUCUGGGUGAGCGGGAAGCAGAUCGGCUCUGUGGACACCUUCCGCAUCCCGCUCAUCACCACCACUCCUCGGGGCACUCUCCUUGCCUUUGCUGAGGCCAGGAAAAUGUCAGCAUCGGAUAAAGGAGCUAAGUUCAUUGCUCUGCGGAGGUCCACGGACCAGGGCAGCACAUGGUCUCCAACAGCUUUCAUUGUGGACGAUGGGGAGAGCCCAGAUGGGCUGAACUUGGGGGCAGUGGUGAGCGAUACAACAACAGGAGUGGUCUUCCUUUUCUACUCCCUCUGUGCUCACAAGGCUGGCUGCCAGGUGGCCUCCACCAUGCUGGUGUGGAGCAAGGAUGACGGCGUUUCCUGGAGUUCGCCUCGGAACCUCUCCUUGGACAUAGGCACUGAGAUGUUUGCCCCCGGACCGGGCUCUGGCAUUCAGAAACAGCGGGAGCCUCGGAAGGGCCGGCUCAUUGUGUGUGGCCAUGGGACGCUGGAGCGGGACGGGGUCUUCUGCCUCCUCAGUGAUGACCGCGGCGCCUCCUGGCGCUAUGGGAAUGGGGUCAGCGGCAUCCCCUAUGGCCAGCCCAAGCGGGAAAAUGAUUUCAGCCCCGACGAGUGCCAGCCCUUUGAGCUCCCCGAUGGCUCAGUGGUCAUCAAUGCCCGGAACCAGAACAACUACCACUGCCACUGCCGAAUCAUCCUCCGCAGCUACGAUGCCUGUGAUACUCUGAGGCCCCGUGAUGUGACCUUUGACCCUGAGCUCGUGGACCCUGUGGUAGCCGCAGGGGCUGUAGCCACCAACUCCGGCAUUGUCUUCUUCUCCAACCCAGCCCAUCCAGAGUUCCGAGUGAACCUGACCCUGCGCUGGAGCUUCAGCAAUGGCACCUCAUGGCAGAAGGAGACGGUCCAGCUGUGGCCGGGGCCCAGUGGCUACUCCUCACUGGCAACCCUGGAGGGCAGUGUGGGCGGGGAGGACCAGGCCCCGCAACUCUAUGUCCUGUAUGAGAAAGGCCGGAAACAGUACAUAGAGAGCAUCUCCCUGGCCAAAGUCAGCGUCUUUGGGACACUCUGAGCUGUACACCUGCCAGGGGGGUAGAAGGCCCUGGACUCAGCCUCAGGACCAUGGGUGUGUAGAGGGUCUACUGGAGGAGCCUAGAAGACGGUUCCACCUUCCUUUAGAGUCUAGCGUUUUGCAAAAUCAACUUCUCUUUGACAGGGAAAUCAUUCCUUAGGACUAAAAACCUGGCUUCUCCCACAUAGGAAGAGCUGCCCACACGUGGGAGCACUUCUCUUCCACAUUGCUGGGUCUGCCCCCCUGCCCUUUCUGCCCUCUCAGGGCAGUGAUUGGUCCUUUUCUUGGACAGGGCUAGGUGGGCCUGUAGCAUUAAAUAAAUGUGAACUCAGGGAACUGGGGAAGGCUUACCUCUUUGGGGUAAGAUGCUGGCUUUGGAGAGGGUUGGUGAAAGUUCCAGAAGGGCAGGACAUUUGGUUUCAAGGUAAGGAACGAGGUGCACCACCCACUUUGACUAUGUAUGAAUCAAAAUGUUUAUAACUUAACAUUCUUAAUGAAGGAGAAUGAAUAUUUGCAGAGUCUCUGUGGUUGUGUCAGUGCACAUCUUCAUGUCUGUUUUCCUGGUGCACACGUAUGGGACUGGGAGUGAGUUUUGGGGAGGAAGCUGGUGUGCUUAUUGCCUGUGAAAAUCUGUGACUUUGGCAAAUCAAAUCCUCCUUUCUUUUUCGCAUUCCUUCUUAUCACAGAAAACAGAUUGCUCUUAACAAGUGUAAUGAGGAGUAGGAGGAGGAGCCUCAUAAGAUAAUUAAAAACUGGCUGUUUUGUAUUUCUAAGGUGGGGUGAGAUACUAUCCUCCAUGAAACAGGGAGCAGGUGUGUAAAAUGCAGAUGAGAAGCCUCUCCCGGGCCAGCCUGGCAGAGAAAUAAGCACUGUGGCAAUUAUGUGAGAAAACAACAUCUCAUCCUAAAGGAGAUGCUGUGAAAAGAACCUGGGCAGCCUGCAGCUGAGUGGGACAGCCACAGCUUUUCUCCAUAUGGAAAGAAAAUGCAAUGCCUGGAUGGGACGGUAGGAAUGUUCAAGACAUUCUUUUCUUCUUUUAAAAUUAUUUAUUUAUUUAUUUGUUUGCUUAUUUAUUUAUUUAUUUGGCUGCGCUGGGUCUUAGUGCCAGUUCCGGCACACAGGAUCUUCGUUGUUGGUGUGGGAUCUUCAUUGCAGCACCUGGGCUCCUUAGUUGUGGCAUGCAAACUCUUAGUUGCGGCAUGCGUGUGGGAUCUAGUUCCCUGACCAGGGAUCAAACCUGGGCCCCCUGCAUUGGGAGCGCAGAGUCUUAUCCACUGCGCCACCAGAGAAGUCCCUGCACAUUGCAUUUUGAUGUUUCUUAAAUCUCAGUCUACAGUAGUUACACCUCCUAUCCUCUCUUCUUUCUCUCUCUCUUUUUUUUUUUUCUUUUUGAUACCGUCUACACAGAAAUAUGUUCAUUUGUCCUGUACGUUCCACUCUCUGGAUUCAUCUGUUUCUUCCUCAGAGUGUCAUUUAACUUUUUUCCUCCAUACCUUGUAUUUCCAGUUAUCAAACCUGAAGGUUUAAUUAGAUUUCAGAUUCCACUGGGUGAGGGAGGCGGGGGACAAGAUUCCUUCCCAGGUGCUCUGUGUUUCCUAUUGUGCUCCCUCAGGAAGCAAAUGCUGCCCGCUUGUCCCUCUCUGAGUAAAGCUGAAUUGAGUGAUGGGUUCAGAUGGCCAUAGCCUGACCCCUCCUUUGUAAGGUUUCCCCAUCAACCUUCCAACUGACAGUUUCAUCCACAGAUGAGUUUUGCCUGAAUCAAUUAUUUCAUGAGGGGUUGUGAAAUGUUGGUUUUUGAAUUAUUUUAUUCUGUCCUCAUUUAUUAGCUGGAAUUCUUUAGUAAAAAGGAACUGUCCCUCAUCAAGGCUGUUGGGUUACCCUGAAGCAUGAUUUGUAUGGGAAAGUCAGGAUAAAUGCUUCAUAUCUCCCCUUAACUUGCCAGGUCUCAGAGUAACCUGAUGUAAUAUUUUACCUUGGCCAGUAAACCACAUUGUUACCACACAGGACACACAUACAGAGGCAGAAUCUAUGGGCCUGCGGGGGGACAUCUGACGGAAGAAAUAUGCGGAGACGAACACAGGCAGCAUGGCCGGGGAGGGCAGGCUCUGCUCUUCUAACACAGGUGGAGGAAUAGAUAUGACGCAGGAAGUGCGGUGGGGGGGGUGGCAUCUGCAGCAACUGGGACGUCUGCUCUCCACUGCCACUAAAAAUGCACAUCUGAGAAAGUCUCGCUAACAACUUUCUUUAUCAGAAAUAAUGGAGGAGAGAGAGGAAGUGAUACCAUGAAUGUCCGCCACAUGAGCUACUGCCUCGUGAAGUAGACAUGGCAGGGGGCUUGUAAGGAAGUGAUCAUGUUCCUUCUUCAUAGCCAAGAACCCUCAGCUAAGAGAGAGGCUCCUCAAGGAAGGAUCUCCGCCCCUGGAGGUGGCGGAGUGGAGUCAUUAUAAACCAGAGUCCUGGCCCUACCCCAAACCUGCCUGUAGGUUCAGUGUCUCUAGAAUCAGUCCAGGACCUUGCUUUUUUUUUUUUUUUUAAUGUAUUUUAUUGAAGUGUAGUUGAUUUGCAAUGUUGUUAAUUUCUGCUGUACAGCAAAGUGAUUCAGUUAUAUGUAUGAAUAUACGUUAUACGUAUAUUCUUUUUCAUAUUCCUUUCCAUUAUGGCUUAUCCCAGGAUACUGAACAUAGUUCCUUGUGCUAUACAGUAGGACCUUGUUGUUUAUCCAUCCUAUAUGUAAUAGUUUGCAUCUGCUAAUCCCAAACUCCCAGUCCAUCCCUUCUCCACCUCCACUCCCCGUUGGCAACUGCAAGUCUGUUCUCUGUGUCUGUGAGUCUUUUUCUGUUUUGUGGAUAAGUUAAUUUGUGUCAUAUUUUAGAUUCCACAUAUAAUUCCUCUAAUAAUUGGCGAUGUCGAGCAUCUUUUCAUGUCUCUGUUGGCCAUCUGUACAUCUCCUUUGGAGAAAUAUCUAUUUAGGUUUUCAGCCCAUUUUUCGAUUGGGUUGUUUUUGUUUUGUUUAUUUUGUUGUUAUUGAGAUAUAUGAGCUGUUUGUAUAUUUUGGAAAUUAAGCUUUUGUCGGUCACAUCAUUUGCAAAUAUUUUCUCCCAGUUCGUAGGUUGUCUUUUCAUUUUGUUUAUGGUUUCCUUUGCUGUACAAAAGCUUGUAAGUUUGAUUAGGUCCCAUUUGUUUAUUUUUGCUUUUAUUUCUAUUGCCUUGGGAGACUGACCUAAGAAAACAUG